GUGAUAAUCACCAUCACCACAUCAAACAAAUGGAGUUUUAAAAUUCAGCUAAAUAGCUAUGGUUUAAUGUAUAAAUUACAGUAUUGUACGAUGAUGCAGCAAUAUGGAUUUAAAUAUUGAAAGUGAGACCUCAGAUGAGGACAACCCAAGGAUACACGAACCUGAAAAACAUGUCCCUGAGGAACCUGGAACCAAUGACGCUACCCCCAGGGUUCUAGGACCUGUGAGAACAGGGAGAGAAACUCCAAAAGGGAGCAGACCAAGCAGCCAAAUUCUUGGCGAUGUUGAUGAUAAACCUAUUAAAGUCAGCUCCCCUAAACCUCCCCUUCCUCCCAUCGGCAACAAGGAUCGAGUAUCAGGACGAGUGAGCCCUGCAAAUAGUGAUGGGAGCAAUGAUUCAGCCAAAAAUUCUAAAACAAACUCUGCCUCAAAAGCUCGCCCUCGGAUUGUGUCAUAUCGUAGGGAAAUGUCAGUCGAAGAUGAUGUCCCUCCUCCAGACCAACGAAGAAAAUCAGUGUCAUUUUCCCGUGAGGGAAGUGCUAGCAAACCCAAGAAAACAGCAACAUUUACCAUGGAGACACAAACUGAAUGGUCAUGGUUAACAGACAUGAAGAGGUUAGAACAACUGCAAGAACGCAGUGAAACACCAUCUAAAAUAGACAGGCGUCAUAGUUCAAUAGAGAGUGGCUCAAAUGCAGAGAAAGAACUAACCAAGUUAGCUGAUGAUGGGAUUCCAGACAGUGAAGAUGAGAGUGAAGCUUCUUUUGAUCCAAGAGAUGGUGGUAAAACACCUAGAUCUCGUGGGGUUACCCCUGGUGAUAAAUCUCUAAAGGAAGAGGCUGACAAGCCAGAUGAAGUGGCGCCACCUUUUAACCCAAAUGACAAUGAAUAUGGGAUUCCACUGCUGGAACUCAGUAGUGAUUCUGAUACAUCUGAUGAUGAUGAAGAUGAAACAGAUGAACCUAUGCCAAGUAUAGGUCCACCUCAAAUACUUCAGUAUAUUCGCGAAUCGGAAGCUCAGUAUCAAGAUGGGGAAGACCCUGAAAAUCGAACUAACAUACGUGAUGCAAUCGGAACAGACGAAAACAUACAAGAUAUAGAAGAAGAUGAUGAAGCAUUCUUACGUAAUCUUACAUCGGCUGGAUCGAUGUUUGAUGGAAUGUGUGAAUUUUGUGAGCAGCCAAUCAAACCAUUUCCGACAAUGGAACAGCAGGACCGAUUACCCCCGGAGGAGUUAUAUUGUUGUGAUGAUUAUCGGGAGUUCGUACAUUUCACGUUGACUCACCCAUUACAUAAGAAAUACUACGAGGAUGAAAAGAUCGAUGUAAAGCCUCAUCCGCAUUAUGGCAGCAAGGCUCAAAGAAGAGAAGCAAAAGAACGAGCACAAGUCAGGUUGAGGGAGCGUGAGCUCAAAAUGCAACAGGCUGCAGCAGGGCACCUCACAUCUGGGGGACCAGGUGGCGCUGCUGGUCAGGGCGGGCAGAACUUCUACGCUAAUUUUGCGAGACAAAUGAAGACGAUUAACUACCAGUUGUCUAGUGCCAAAUGUCUGGAGGAAGGGUGGACCCUGAGGGCCCCUAGCCCCCUGGAGGAGAUACCAGAUGAUCCUGAGUAUUUUGAGACUGAGGAGUCCCCUGCUUGGGAGACCUUGAAACAAACUCACCGAGAGAUGUUCAUCAGACGCAACUACUCCAAUGGGCAGCCAUUCCUCACUCUCUUCCCUGAUGGCACUGGGAAUGUAUUUUACUCCUCUGGGCGUAAUGCUAUCACUAUCUCAUCCAUUGAACGAGGACAGUUCACAUAUAUCGUCCAUGGCGACCGUGAGGAUAGACCCCCUAUACUAGCAACAUUUGAACCAAAUGGCAAUGCCAGUGUUUACUAUCCUGAUGGCAGUAUAAGGUUAGUGCUGGAUCAACUAGGUGGCCUUGAGUUGGACAACAAAGGUAGUAAAAAACGUAGAUGGCUUUGGAAGGACCAACAUGAUCACGUUCAUGCCCCUCCAUUCCAACCUAUCUGUAUAGGUGUCGCCUCUGGGAUUGGGCUGCGUGUGAUGUCACAAGAGAAGAUUGGUCUUACAAUGGCUGAGAAGCAGCGCAGUGUGAGGUUUAAUGUCGGUGCUAGAAUAAAGGUCUUAUGGGAGAAUCUACCUCCAAAUGAGGAAGAUGUGGAAACCAUUUACCUAAGGGAUACUAAGACUAGUGUUGAAACACUUCUGGACAAAGUUUCAAAUCUAUUAAAAUACCCGAACUCUACAAAAGUUGAGAAACUUCAACCUCCUCUUAGUUUAGCUAGUAAAAUACAAAAGAAUGAAAAAACUCGGAAAAAACGUCAUCAUAUUAUUUCUGAGACACCUGAUCCCGUCCAAGACCCAACUUUGCCAACAGUUAAAGUAAACUAAUAGGAAAAAACUAUCAACAAAUAAACAUUAUGAUACACCUUCUGCAGAUUGGUGAAUUCAAUCUGCGAGGAAAAAUAUGAAAACAAGUACACAUCAUGAGACACUCAAUGUUUGAUGAGAUUCUACAUGGAAAAAACACAAAACAAAUAAGUAUCAUGUGACACUGGUUACUAUAGGGAGUUGCUAUGGAACAGAUUUAACAAAUGUAUUAAGAUGUCAAGUACACUGAUGAAUACCCUGUUUAUUAUGUUGGACAUACAGUUUUUUAUGCCAUUGAGAUUUGCUGAAUCAGCACAUUUUAAAUCAUGAGAUUAAAAGAUAAGCCUUUAGAAAUUAUAUAUUGAGUAUUUAUAAGACAGUUUUAAAUUAUACAGAUAUUUUAUAAUUGUGUCUUUUAUUGCAUUAUCUUCAAUGAUUAUUGUAUAUAUUAAAUGGUUAUUAUAAUGUAUUGUAUACAUUACAUGAUUGUAAGUAUUAUUGCAUUGUAUAUAUACUUGUACAUGAUCGCAAUUCUCAAAGGAUUUUACUCAAUUAUUUUGUUACUGGAAAAACAUUUGUGACGAUUUACAACUUUGUGUAAUAUGUCUGUGAUAGAAGUUAUUCCAAAUUAUCACACAGUGAAAUUUCAUGUUAAAUCACUAUAAGGGAUUGUACCUAAGUAGAUAUCCAUGGUGAGAAAUUAUUGUAAUUUUCAUGAUUAAUUAUCAAAGAUUGAGUUUUAUGUCACCACCAGAAGGGGUGGCAUAUUGUCA